AUGAAAACAAGUGCAGUAAUCACAUUCCCAUUGUUGAUAUUUUUCCUGCUCGUUGCCCUAACAGCAUCAAGUGUUGGUGGUAAGAAUGAAGCAGUGAUUGAUAGCGAAUGGAAGCCAGUCAAGGCCAACACUCCAUAUCUAGUCCUAGGGUUUAUGUCUAGAGAUUCAGAAUAUCUCUCCCGUGAGACAUUCGCUAGGAAUGCCACGUCAUGCAGAGAACGCCCGGUAUUAAACUAUCUGCAUAUCUUACCAGACCGUGCAGAACCAAUCAUGUUUGUGUUACCAUCAUCCUCCUCGCCCGACGACGUCGUACGUGUAUCAACGGAACUUAACAUUAAGUUCACAAAUCCCAGCCGCUGCAACGAGUCCGGGUUUUGGAGAGUUUCAGGAUUUGAUGAUAAGACGUUAUUUGAGACGGUGCUUCAGGACGGAUCAGAGUCAAGAAGUGAUAGCACGUUCACCAUCAGGAGAACCAAUCCUUAUACUAGGUACAAGUUUUACUUCGGCAGUAGUAGUAGUGCUGAUCUUGGCGAUAAUUCAACGGAGAUCGUUGGAGAUGAGAUUCAUGGCAAGAACCUGGUGCUGAAAACACGGAGAGCGGCACGUAGACGUCGUAUCGAAAUUGAAGUCCACUUCGUGAAGCCACGUGGACAAUAA